AUGUAAAAAAAAUAUGAUCCUAUUUUAUUUAAUUAAAUAUUUAGUUCAUAUUAAUUAAUUAUUAAAUAUACAAAUUAAAUUAAUUUUUAUAGUGCUGCUAUUAUAACAAUUUUUAAUAAUCUAGAAAUAACCAAUAAUAUUUAAUUUAAAUCAUAAAACUAACUUUCGACUUUCUUUCAUAAUCUAAAGUCAGUCAACAAUCACUGGCUUAAAUUUUACAACACAAAAGUGAUUAAGAAAAAUAGACUAAUGAUUUCAAACUAUGAUUUUUUAAAAAAGAACAGCCAUGAAAUUUUUAGAGAAUAAUGCAGCUAUUUGACUAAAACGAUAAAAAACUUUUAAGAAAAACUUUAAAAUCUCAGAAUUAUUUUAUAUAAAUGUGGACAAAAGACAUUAAAACCUUUAGAAGAUAGUUCUUUAGAUGAGGAUGUAAGACUUAUCUAAAAUCUAAGAAGAAAAAUUAAAAAUAAUGAGUAGAGAUAAACCUUCAAAAAAACAAUCUAAGCACUAUUUCUUUAUAAACAAGAAUUUCAGCUUAUUUGCCAAACAGUCGACAAAAAUCUCAAAAAAUAUGUCUAAAACAUUAAUAUUAGAAAUUUAUCAGCCAACCAUAAAAUGUAUGAAAAUAUCAAAGAAACUAGGAUAAAAAUUUAAAUUUAUUUCAGCUCAUUAGAAGACUCUGAUUCUCCAUGUAAAAUCAGAUCUGAGAUUUUCACUUUUUGA